AGUAAUCACAAACCUUCCUUCCCUUUAGCGCCACUCAAAUAUGCUGAGCUAUAUAGAUACACACCAUUACACAGAGGCUGUGAAAAGGUUCAACAAGCGAUGGACAUCAAGAUAGAAAGUGAUGAUCGUAGGAAUGAGAAGGAUGAAGAAAGGGUACCACUGCUGAGAAAUAGUGAGGUACCAGAAGCAGAGAGGAAUCUGAUUCAGAAAGCCAUUAGUCAGACAUUUCAGAGCACUGCUCAUUUGGCCAACCUUUUACCAACUGGAACAGUCCUUGCUUUCCAACUUCUCUCCCCGAUCUUCUCAAACGUUGGCAACUGUGACUCUGUCAGCAAGACCAUGACUGCUGCACUUGUAUCUCUCUGUGCUGCUUCCUGCUUCCUGUUAUGUUUAACCGAUAGCUUCAGAGACAACAAGGGGAACAUCUGCUAUGGGUUUGCCACCCUCGGGGGCUUGUGGGUCAUUGACGGAUCAACCACCCUUCCACCUCAACUUGCUGCAAAAUAUUGCCUGAAGUUCAUAGAUAUCAUGCAUGCAGUUAUGUCAGUUUUGGUGUUUGCAGCAAUUGCGUUGUUCGAUCAAAAUGUGUUGAAUUGCUUCUUUCCAGCACCCUCGACUGAGAUACAGGAAAUCCUCACGGCAUUGCCAGUGGGAAUUGGCGUUUUCGGCAGCAUGUUCUUUGUUGUGUUUCCUACACAGAGACAUGGAAUUGGCUUCCCCCUUUCAACAAAUUAAUCAUCUUUUAUGUUCUUACACUGCAUGUACUUCGUGUUUCUCAGUCACCGAUUUCUGUAAUUUAACGGGAUGAAUUCGGCUUGUGUCUGGAACAAAUUACUUAUAUUAUUGGAACAGCUGUUCAAUGAAAUGAAUCUUGCUUUGUAUAAAUUAUGUCUUUCCUCGAUAGUUUUAUAUCUCACGACAGGGAUUCACUGCCUUGUAUAAACUAUGUCUUUCCUCCAUAAUAUGUCA